AUGGCCGAGGAAGCCGUCGCCGGCGUCGGCCCGAACGGGCGCCCGCAGGCCCGGCGGCGGCGGCGGCUGCUGCUGCGGCCCAGGAGGCGGUGGGGGACCUAUGGCGGCGGCUGUUUCCGGAGCCUCUGCGGGUUGUCUGCCUCCCCGGCGGGUUUCCAAGGGCUGCCCCCUAGCUCGUCGGUAGGCCUCGGCGGCCUGUCGCGCGCCUCCCCGCUGCUGUUCCUCUUCCUCCUGCCCCGCCCUCGGCUCGCGGCGGCGACCCAGCGCCGUCACCUUGGAGACUGGGAGCGCUCGCGCCCGAGGCCUCGCGAGACAGCCGGGAGCCGGAGCCGGAGCCCGAGCCCGGCGGAGGAGCUCGGCGCGCGCGCGCCUCCUCGCCAGCAGCCGCCGGCCGCUGCCGCCGCCCUGGGGCCGCCCCCCUCGGGCAUGGGGCUGGGCGGCCAGUGGCGGUGGUGCAAGGCGUGCCUCGCCACCAGCGUCGCCGGCCCUCUUCACCCGUGCAGCUUCCCGGUGUUGGCUCCUGCGAGGAGAGAUCUGAGCAUUUCUGCUAGGUCACAACAAGCAACACAAAAGUUACCUCUUUUCGCCUCUUCAGGGAGUAAGAAGCUGUACUUCGACACCCAUGCUGUGGUGCUUCUUCUGGAGGAAAAGGGGUUUACCACUCAACAAGCAGAAAUCAUUGUCUCUUCAUUAGUGAAGAUCAUGAACAGCAACAUGGAGGUUGUCAGCCAGAAUAUGGUCACCAAGGUGCAUCAGGAGAUCACUGUACAGCAGAUAAUGUCUCAGAUUGCUGGUGUCAAAAAGGAUAUGAUCAUUUUAGAAAAGAGUGAAUUUUCAACUCUCAGAGCAGAAAAUCAGAAAUUAACACUUGAACUCCACCAGUUAAAACAGCGAAUGCUGGAUGAAAUACUCAAAGUUCGGGCAGAUAAUAAAUUGGAUUUCAAUCUAGAAAAGAGCAGAGUAAAAGAAUUGUAUGCAUUGAAUGAAAGGAAGCUACUUGAAAUGAGAUCAGAAGUAUUAACAUUGCAGGCACAACAACUCCGGGCUCUUACUCAGACAGACAGAAAGAUAGACACUGAAGUUGCUGGCCUGAAAACCAUGCUUGAAUCACACAAGCUUGAUAAUAUUAAAUAUUUAGCAGGUUCUAUAUUUACAUGUCUAACGGUAGCUCUGGGAUUUUAUCGUCUAUGGAUUUAAGUGUCUCCUUAAAAGGACCUAUAUUUGCCUUAAAAAUAUGAGGUUAUUACUUUUUUCCUCAUUUCAAAUUUUAACCCUGAUUUGAUUUUAUUUAUGUUAUUUUUUAUGCACAUUAUGAUGUAUAACCAUCUUUAAAGUGUCAGAAAAUCCAUUUUGUAGCUCUUUAUCUUUUUGAUAUCCUUUGAUCUCACUAGUACAUUUUUGAGAAAAAUACCACUAGCUGAAAUACUGAAGAACCCACUUACCUUGACCAGAGUGAUGAUCACCUUUCAUAUACUUACUCUUUAAGGAAUUUACUAUUAAAAAGUCAUUAAAAAUGGCUUUAUGAGUGACAGAGAAUCACAGACUAAUUAAUCCAAGACCACAAAAAUUUCUUUCCCUCUUGACCCAAGCUUCUAGCAGCAAAUAGCUUGUGCACUGUUACCAGUAUGCUUUUAUUUCAAUGAAUUUUGUUGAAACCUGGGUUGAUUCCUGUGUUCCCUAAACAACUAAAUUAUCGUAGUAUUUGCUGUUUGUGACAUUCAGCCAGAAAAUCAUGUUGCCCGAUAAAAUGAGUUGGCAUAGUAAGCAAUCACUUCUUCUACCUCUUGAAGUAUUCUGGUGUUUUCUUUUUUCCCUAUCAGUGGAGUGACUUGGGAACUAAUACUCUGUCAUUUUCUAGUGACCUUGAAAACUUGCUAGUGAGAAACAUGACAAUGUUGUAUUUCA